AGACUUUUCUGGUAAUAUUUUUUUACUGCAGCUUCGACCAAAUUUUGCUGAUGCAUGGUCUAAUUUAGCUAGUGCAUAUAUGCGGAAAGGAAGACUUAAUGAGGCAGCUCGGUGUUGUCGCCAGGCUCUUUCAUUAAACCCUCAUUUGGUUGAUGCGCACAGUAACCUCGGGAAUCUGAUGAAAGCCCAAGGUUUAGUGCAAGAGGCAUAUAAUUGCUACGUUGAGGCUCUCCGUAUACAACCAAAUUUUGCUAUAGCAUGGUCCAACCUUGCUGGCCUUUUCAUGGAAGCAGGUGACCUUAAUAGGUCUCUUCAGUAUUACAAGGAAGCAGUUAAGCUUAAACCGGCAUUUCCAGAUGCCUAUCUGAACCUGGGAAGUGUUUACAAGGCUUUGGGAAUGCCUCAAGAGGCCAUUGCGUGUUAUCAGCGUGCUCUUCAAUCGCGUCCAGACUAUGCUAUGGCUUAUGGUAAUUUGGCUAGUAUAUAUUAUGAGCAAGGGAAACUGGAUAUGGCGAUACUCCACUAUAAGCGAGCCAUUGCUUGUGAUGCUGCAUUCUUGGAGGCAUACAAUAAUUUGGGCAAUGCACUGAAAGAUGCUGGAAGGGUCGAGGAGGCGAUUCCCUGCUACCAUCAAUGUCUGGCUUUGCAACCCAGCCAUCCACAAGCACUUACUAACCUUGGAAAUAUAUACAUGGAAUGGAAUAUGAUGACUGCUGCUGCACAAUUUUAUAAGGCAACAUUAUCUGUAACAACAGGACUUUCUGCCCCUUUCAACAACUUAGCGAUAAUCUACAAACAACAGGGUAAUUACGCAGAUUCUAUAUCUUGCUAUAAUGAAGUUCUCCGCAUCGAUCCGUUGGCAGCUGAUGGACUUGUCAAUAGGGGAAACACAUACAAGGAGAUUGGUAGGGUCAAUGAAGCAAUUCAAGACUACUUGCGUGCUAUUGCCAUUCGGCCAACCAUGGCUGAAGCUCAUGCAAAUCUGGCAUCAGCUUACAAGGAUAGUGGACAUGUCGACGCAGCUAUAAAAAGUUAUAAGCAAGCAUUGGUUUUGCGCCCUGAUUUUCCAGAAGCAACUUGUAAUCUUCUACACACAUUACAGUGUGUUUGUGAUUGGGAUGUGCGCGAUAAGAUGUUCAUUGAAGUUGAAGGGAUACUUCGGAGGCAGAUAAAGAUGUCUGUUAUUCCAAGUGUGCAGCCAUUCCAUGCCAUAGCCUAUCCCCUUGAUCCAGUGCUUGCAUUGGAAAUUAGUCGUAAAUAUGCUUCACAUUGCUCUGUGAUUGCUGCCCGUUACUCACUUCCUUCAUUCAAUCAUCCUUCACCAUUACCCAUAAGAGGCGGGGGUAGGAAUGGCCGGUUAAGGAUUGGAUAUGUCAGCAGUGACUUCGGUAACCAUCCGUUAUCACAUCUUAUGGGCUCAGUAUUUGGCAUGCAUAAUAGAGAAAAUGUGGAGGUGUUCUGCUAUGCUUUGAGUCCAAAUGAUGGCACUGAGUGGAGGCUACGUAUCCAGUCAGAGGCAGAGCACUUUGUAGACGUGUCUUCUAUGUCAUCUGAUAUGAUUGCUAGGAUGAUUAAUGAUGAUCAAAUACAAAUCCUUGUGAACCUUAAUGGUUAUACCAAGGGGGCUAGAAAUGAAAUAUUUGCCAUGCAGCCUGCUCCUAUCCAGGUUUCAUACAUGGGAUUUCCUGGAACAACAGGAGCAUCUUACAUACAUUAUUUGGUCACUGACGAGUUUGUUUCACCUACAUGUUUAUCAAACAUUUACUCUGAGAAGCUUGUCCAUCUGCCGCAUUGUUACUUCGUAAAUGAUUAUAAGCAGAAAAAUCGCGAUAUAUUGGAUCCAAGCUGCACUCCCAAGCGUUCAGAUUAUGGAUUGCCAGAGGACAAAUUUAUAUUUGCUUGUUUCAAUCAGCUGUACAAGAUGGACCCUGAAAUUUUCGUAACUUGGUGCAAUAUACUCAAGCGUGUGCCCAAUAGUGCACUUUGGCUUCUCAGAUUUCCAGCAGCAGGCGAGAUGAGACUUCGGACAUAUGCUGCUGCAGAGGGGGUGCAACCAGAGCAAAUUAUUUUCACAGAUGUUGCCAUGAAAAACGAACAUAUCAGACGGAGUUCUUUGGCAGAUCUAUUCCUUGACACGCCAUUAUGCAAUGCCCACACAACGGGCACAGAUAUACUUUGGGCUGGUCUGCCUAUGGUGACCCUUCCCCUCGAGAAAAUGGCAACUAGAGUCGCUGGUUCACUUUGUGUGGCCACUGGAGUUGGGGAGGAGAUGAUUGUCAACAGCAUGAAAGAGUAUGAAGAGAAGGCAGUAUCUUUGGCACUAAAUCGCUCAAAGCUUCAGGAUCUUACCUACAGACUCAAAGCAGUCCGUUUGACUUGCCCUCUAUUUGAUACGACACGUUGGGUGAGGAAUCUUGAGCGAGCAUAUUUCAAGAUGUGGAAUUUGUAUUGCUCUGGCCAACAUCCGCAGCCCUUUAAAGUGACGGAGAAUGAUUCAGAAUAUCCAUAUGAUGGAUAGAAAAGUAAAUAAGAGAGAUGGGAAUGUAGAUAUAAGCAAAAAGAGAAUGUAAAGUGGUUACUUGUAAGGUUAUAUUGGUUGAUUUGGGAGAGAUGUUAUUGUCCUUUGGGUAGUACUUUCUGUGUGGGCAGCAUAUGCAUAUGCACAUAUGCAGCUGUUAGUUGAAUUUACUCACUUUGAUUACUUGCAACAAAGUAAUUUGUGGAGAAUGCAAUUUGCAUUGCAAAUGACUAAGCAUGCAAUUCUCUUUACAUGCCUUGCAACUCAAUUCUCUUUACAUGCCUUGCAUUACGCA